CGACGCUCGCGUUGUGACGCCGUUUCAGCCGCUACCUUCAGGCAGCCUUCUCACAACUUUACCCAACCGAACUCUAGUUUUCCGUGGCCGCGCGAACAUUUGAACAUAGUGCGCGCGUGAAAAUGUGAAUUCCGUUCUUUUAUUUAAAUACACGGUCAAGCAUCAUCAUGAUGGCGCUUAAAUUUAUUUUAAAUACAUUUAAAUACAUUUUACUUUUAUCUUACUUGGCUAUAUAUUGCAAUAACAUCGAAGUGAGCAGUCAAAUCCCGAUGGCUGAUAAAAUUCCGAUUGGAGUGGUUUUUGAUCAGAACACUGAAGAGAUUCAAAAUGCAUUUAAAUUUGCGAUGUUGCAACACUCAAACGCAAAUAAGUCGAGCCUAGAUUUUCAACUGUACGUCGAUAUCAUCAAUACUGCCGAUGCCUUCAAGUUGUCCAGACUCAUUUGCAACCAAUUUGCUCGUAGCGUCGUGGCUAUGCUGGGAGCGGUGGCACCAGAUUCGUUCGACACCUUGCAUUCUUAUGCCAACACGUUCCAGAUGCCUUUUGUGACUCCAUGGUUCCCUGAAAAGGUGAUCCCGCCUUCUUCAGGUCUCAACGACUACGCAGUGAGUAUGCGCCCGGACUACCACCGCGCCGUGAUGGCCACGAUAACGCAUUACGGAUGGAAAAACGUCAUCUACAUCUACGAUUCUCAUGAUGGAUUACUGCGCUUACAGCAGUUAUACCAAAGCCUGCAACCGGGAAAUGCAACGUUCCGAAUUUCAAAUGUGAAGCGAGUCUCCAAUGCAUCCGACGUCGUCGAGUACCUUCGAGCUAUCGAGAAGCUGGACCGAUGGAGUAACAAAUAUGUUGUGCUAGACUCUACAACUCAACUAGCAAAAGCCACGCUAAUUUUGCACGUACGUGACGUGCAGCUCGGCCGAAGAAACUACCAUUAUUUCUUAAGCGGACUGGUAUUGGAUGAUCGCUGGGAAAAAGAAGUUACCGAAUUUGGUGCUAUCAACAUUACUGGAUUUCGACUAUUGGAUUUUUCUCGUAAAAUUGUGCGGGACUUCAUUGAUGUUUGGAGAAGAGAAACUAUUUCAGCGCAAGCGGCUCUUACGUACGACGCAGUUCAAGUCUUGAUCGAUGCUGUUCUUCGUCUGAUGCGCAAGAAACCUGAUAUAUUACGAGCUACACUGAGACGCGCUAGCCAAAACAACAGCAAAAUUAUGGACUGCAAUCCUAAGAAUAAACUCAUCCCUUUCGAACAUGGAGAGAAAAUAUCCCGGAUGAUUAAAAAGACGGAGGUCGAUGGAAUAACCGGCUCUAUAAGAUUCAACGAACAAGGACACCGCAAGAAUUUUACUCUGCAAGUCAUGGAAAUGACUGUGGAUGGUGAUAUCGUAAAGGUGGCGACUUGGUGCGAAAACAAAGGCCUUAUUCCUGUCAUCCCUAAGCUAGAUCAUCCUGCCGUGCCGGGAUCCUACGACCGCAACAAAACUUAUAUUGUGACCACCAUCGAGGAGCCCCCGUAUAUAAUACGCGAGGACCCUGAAGACCCGGAAUUUAGACCUGACGAACCAUUCAAAGGAUUUUGUGCAGACCUUACCAAAAUGAUAUCCGAAAAAUUAGAAAUCAACUAUGAAAUAAAGAUAGUAAGGGAUGGCAAAUAUGGAAACGAGGACCCAAAAGUACUAGGUGGCUGGGACGGAAUGAUUGGCGAACUUAUAAGAAAGGAAGCGGAUAUCGCUAUUGCACCUCUGACAGUAACCUUAGAACGCGAGUCCGUAAUAGAUUUCAGCAAGCCGUUCCUUUCUUUUAACUUAAAACCCAACGUCGCUUCGAACAGUACUGGCGCCAUAUUUAGUUUUCUUCAGCCAUUAUCAAUGGAAAUAUGGCUCUCCAUCGUUUGCAGUCUGUUUGCUGUGAGCGUAGUGCUAUUCAUAGUAUCUAGAUUCUCUCCGUAUGAGUGGCGAGUGGUUUCUUUUACGGAUUCACAUAUCACUGAACAUUCAGACCUGGCAACUACGAAGACUACCGUGGUGAAUGAAUUUAGCUUUUGGAAUUCGAUGUGGUUUUCGCUUGGGUCUUUUAUGCAGCAAGGCAGCGAUAUUAACCCCAGGUCUGUGUCAGGAAGGAUUGUGGGAUGCGUGUGGUGGUUUUUCGCUCUUAUAGUAAUAUCAUCGUAUACGGCUAAUCUAGCUUCAUAUCUGACACUCUCGCGCAUUUCGGAACCUAGCCAGACGUACAGUAAAGUAGCGAUGUGCCCAGAGGAUACAGUUGAUGGUCCGAAACCUACAAUCGAAGUUCCACAAGAACCACCCGUAGAUGAGCAUGGCUGGCUUGCAUUUCUUAUGGACCGCAGCGCUGAACCGGAAGAUAAACCUUGUGAGAUGAUAGUCACUCUUACAAAUUCUGGCUAUAAAGAUUUUGCCGUUGGUGUACCAAAAGGAUCUCAACUGCGGGAUGGCGUGAAUAUGGCCUUACAAUCGCUGAAGGAAGAGGGUGAGAUACCGAGACUUGUCAGAAAAUGGUUCACCAAAUCUGAAUGUGAUGCCCCUGACACUGAUAUUAAGGGAUCUGAACUGACACUUAGUCAAGUGGCUGGAUUGUUCUACGUUCUGGUGGGAGGUUUGACAUUGGCUAUGGCGGUAGCCUUGUUCGAGUUUUGUAAGCAUGGACGAGCAGAGGCGGCUCGGGCUAAUGUGCCGUUGCGAGCUGCCUUGCAAGCCAAGACAAGCCUCUCUUCUAACACGGAACGUAAGAUGACGCAAUCACAACGUGGACCACAACGCGAACAUGACCGCCUUGGUUGGAACGGAGGCGCCUUUGGUGGCCAGUACUACAGCCCCGCUACCCAGAUUGGUCAAGAGGAGACGGCGUUGCAUUCUAGCUUUACACAAGUUUGAUCCGCGGCCCGGGAGGCGACCACUCUGCGUCGGCCAUCCCACUCCAAGAGGAGCCAGUCCAGCUCCGUGGAUCUGUACCAAUUGUAAACAACCCGGCAAUCUUCAUGACUACUUAUUCAAACUGAUAACGGAUUCGAUGGUUUUUAAGAUCGCAAAAAAAUACAACAAGUAAAAAGAAUAUAAUCAGAAGCAUAUUUAACACCGAAAUGAAAGAACACCUGCAAUGACCCUCGCUCCGGGUUUUAAUGUGCAGUGAAUUGUAAAUAUAUUCAGAUAAUUUUCGAAAAUAAUGGAAUACUUAUACAUAGUAGCACAAUACAUUAAAACAUACUUCUACAUUCUGAAAGUCAAAAUCUGACAAAACUACUAAACUUUCCAUUUAUUUCUUACAAUUUAACAUUUCGCAGGGAAAGGAAAAUGUCGGACAUUGUCUCUGUUUCUUUUUUAAAUUUUAAAACGUAUUUGUGCGUUAAGGAAGCCUCUGAUUUUCACGAAAUAAAAGAAAAUGCGCCCACUGUACAUGUAGCCGCGGGGGGAGACUUUCAAAAAACCACCCAGGUUACUUCUUGAACCCUAUGUGUUCCAUUACCGCAGUAACUUUUGCCUGCUUUUCCGCAGCUCCCACAGAUUUUGACGGUAACGGGUCCCUGCUAUUAAAUUUUGACAAAACAUUAAUGUGGAAUACAAACGCGUUCGUUGCAAGACAGAAGGAUGGCUGCCACCCAUAAUUUAGAUGACCUUCUGAUAUUCGUUUCAUGGCUCACUGCCCCAUCUUCAAGUCUUGUCCCCAUAGCUAAGCAGUGCCCGAUAAAACAGAUAACCUAGCCCUAAGGUUCGGCAGUUAGCAAUGUUUAGAAACUACGUAAAGAGCUUCUGAUGCACAACCGACCACAUAACCUCCGACAUAAUGGUUGGAUUAGUGUAAGUUAAUGGCACCCCAUGGCCCGUUCGUUACUGUUUGAGAGUAUCAGAAGCAUUUCACGAAAAUCUAUCAGAACUCAAAUAUGAAUUAGGUACUGAAUAUAUACCGUGACACUAAAUUUUUUAAAUGAAUGAUGUUGUUCCUGUAUAACAAUAUUUUUUUUGAAAGAUAAUAAUUUGGGCACUUUAGUUAAUGUUUAAAAAGCCUGGCGUAUUUUACAAUGUAGAUGAAUAUCAGGGUCUUAAAAUUACGUGUUUAGUGAGUAAAACUUUUUUAAUUAGGUGACAUAAAUUAAAAAUCAUGUAAUUCUAAAAGUUAUACCAGGUAGUUAGAUAAAAAUAAACGUUAAUUAUGGCUAUAUUAGUGCUGUGAAGGUAAAACGGCACUCCGCUGUAAUUAACGACUCCAUUUGGCUGCAGAACCUACUAAAUAUUCGCAACUUAUAUAUAACAAUACUUUUUUUUAUUGUCAUCGCGGCCUAAUAGUGGGCCUACACAUACAUCACGCCGCUUAGUCACGCGUGUAAUUAUUACAUUAAUAUCAUUUAUAUUUUAUGGCAAACAGAUGAGUCAAAGAGAAGACGGACUGAUAAAUACUAUCUAUAUAAUUCUAUUAAACUAUUAUAUAAACUAUACUCUAACAACCUUAGAAAACUUCAAUUUUACUCAAAUAGAUUUAAUCAUCUUCCAGCGAUGUUCAUUAUUAUCAGUUGAUAUAAGCACGACACAUUACGACAGGCUAAUUGCUUUGCAUUUCACAUUGUCGUUAACUGCUUAAUAGUGUGUGUGUAUAUCUCUGGGAGUUUUUACAUAAUUGAUGUGCAUCAAGCAUUAGCAGUUAGUUAUUUAGCAGUUGCAGUAAUCACAUGAAGAUAAUUAACAUAAUUCCAAAUACGCGAGCAGAUCGCUUUUGCGUAGGUAUUAUGCAUAGCACACGGUUCAUUACAGUGCGCAUGCAACGAUGGUACGAACCAUAGAUACGCAUCAGCUCAUGCAUGCACCAACAUAUUCUUAUCGUAGAUGGUUAGAACACCUGGUCGACAUGUGAUUGGCCUAACCUAAAAUAAGUACAUACUAUACAAUUAACAUUUUAUUAUAAGCACCAUACUUUAACGAUAAAUUAUAUAUAAUCUGUGUUUCAGGAUUCAAAAUAAAAAGUAGUAGAAAUAUUGUCGUUUAUAUCAGAUACAUACCAGUCUUCAUUAAGAUAAAUCCUAUGUAAUCCAAAACUGAGAAAAAGUAGGUAUAUUACAGUGUGAUAAUGUUAUCAUUAGGUAGGAACUAAAAUAGAAGAAAAUCUUUGUGGACACUGAUUACUCUUGAGUGAUCUUUUCAUAUAAUAUCUUAUGUAUUGUCAUAUGAAAUUGAGUAUAUUUUAAUUCAUACUAUAUUUUAAUUUAGAUACCACAAUUUAAUGUUUUUCUUAAAAAAUACUAAUUGUUGUUAUUUAAUAAGAUUGCCAAAGGCAAAUAUCAUAUCAAAAUUGUAUAAAUGACAAUCAAACUUUUAGGAAAUCUUGGCCACGUAUAUAUGUUUUAUUUUCUAGCUAUGAUUAUACAACAUUACUUUACAUAUAGCUUCAUAAGUUAAUUACGCUUCCGUCCUAAAGCUAUUUUGAUAAUUUAGAAUACCAUUAGCUGAUAACUCUUACUCCUCGAUUUUAUUUCCGACAGCAUAACCUCACAAACUAAAGUUAAGUUUUAUUCAUAGCUUAAAGUAUCAACAUUAUUAAAUGGUAUGAUACUUUAAAGCAAAUGAAAUAAUUGACACUAUUGUGGCGAAUAAAUUAAAUCAAAUGUGCGGUUACAUCCGUCCGCCAGUGAAAGGCUGAACUUAACUCCGGUAGUGGGGUAAAGCGCUUUCAAUUAAAAAUAUAUUGAAAAGAUUCACCAUUUUUAAGCUAACGACACGUUGGAUUUGUGUUAGUACAAAUCAAAGCGUUGUCAAAAUUUUUAAAUAAAUAAAAUGCAACAUUUGAAUCUUUAUUUGUAUUUCGAAGGCCAUUUUUUAUGCAUUUUAGUAACUAAAAUUCUACUCCUAAAUAUAUAUACUAAAGUAUUCUUCAAAUGACUGAUUUACAUAAUCGUUUCAUGAACGUAGUUUAGAUAUAAGGAAUAUUUCGAUAAUAUUAUGUUAAUCGUUAAUGUAAUCUGUGUAUUUUAAAUGGAAUGUCUGUUAGGUCAUCUUGCAGAUGUUUAGAUGUAACAUAUUAUAAGGCAAGGAUCUUGUCAUCGUACUAUGAGGUCAUAAAUAGGUAGUUAAGGUACGUAACAUCCAUUUUUGGCCUCAAUAUAAUUAGGUUUAUGCUACGCAUAGUGCUCCGUAUUAACAGACGUCUCGAUUAAUUAAUUCAUAUUAAAAGGGAUUGUAUCCUAUUUUCGCUCACUAAGUAUCUCUAGAACACAAAACAUUUUAACUGUAGUAUUUUUAAAUUUUCGUAUAUAUUUGAUGAAAUAAUAAAUGUUUUUGUAAUAACAAUGUACGGUAUACACUAAAUAUGUUUUAAAGAUAAAUAGUAUUAACUAAUAAAAAUAUCACAAAAAAUCAGUAAUAGCAACGAGAAACGGCGUAGCAUUCACACGUAGCUACUGAAUAUACGCAAUUUAGCAGAUGACAUCAUAUAAACCGACAAAAUAAAAACACGUGCUGCCACAACUUAUAAGAAUUAAACUGACGUGAAAACGUCAGAGAGAGAUACAGAGCAAGGCUGAUAUGAUGCCUAGUUCCUAGGUUUCCACCUAAAAAAGCCGUUUUUAUCUUUUGUCUGAUGCCAAUAAGUAGUUUUAAGUAGCUCCACACGUAAUAAAGUGGCCUUCACUACUAAUAUAUUUAUGACCUCAUAAUACAGAUCGCGUUUUCAAGCCUAAUCAUGAAUUUAGGUAACUAUUACCACACAUUUACAUAGUUGUCGUAACAUAAUUACUUGUAUGUGAUGACCAUGUAUGUUUGUUAUAAUGAACCUAAUAAAGUACUUGAAAAAUAUGAAUGGUUGGUUGUUUAUUUCAGUUACCUCUUCUAUCCCGUACCUACAAUUAAUAUGUAAGUUAAACUCUUUUUUUUAUUUUAAAUAAGCCUAUAAAAGCGAUUUCUUUAGGUCAAGCAAGUUGCACUUCCAAUUAAUUUGUCUCAUAAGAACCGACAAGAAAUUCUAUAAGACAAUCUUUAAAAAAAAGUGAAAGAGGUUGCAAUAGUUAUCUUACAGUAAAAGUUAUCUCUGACGAAGUUAUACAAGUAAAGCUAUAAUGUAUUAACAAAUUAAAUAAAAAAUAAUAAUACAUUCAUACAAUUUAAGUAACGAUAAUAUGAAAAAUCACAGAACGUGAAAUUGAGCGCAUUGUAACUACUCUCUCUCUCUGCAUACAAAUAGCGAGUAUGAACAGAUCCUUUAUUUUAGAAAAAAUUACGGUUAGAAACACAAAAAAUCAACAUGGCAACAAUGGCGACUACUUCUACUGAAACUAGCCUAAAACGCAAGAUAGAUGAUGUAUUAGUUGACCCCGAUACACUGAAACCUCUUGAAGAUGCGAAAAAAACAAAAAUAGAUCUGAGCUCUGACAAGAAGUUCUCUUGCA